AUGUGCAAUCGUGUCGACAAACCGCUCGACGUCUGUGAUCGAUGGAACUUGUCGAUCAGCGUAGCCAAGAGCUACUGGGGUCGACGCAAGGUGGCGUAUCUAGGACACGAAGUAUCCUCAGCUGGGCUUGAAGCGAAACCGAAGGAGCUCAACGCAAUCGCGAACCUUCCGUUCCCCACCAAGUUGAAGACGAUGCAGUCGUUCCUCGGAUGCUUGAACUAUUACAGCCGCUUCAAAGAGAACUUCGCAGUCUAUGCCGCGAUUUUGUACGAGCUGCGGGAAGCAGACUUCCAUGAGAUCGCUAAGAUGAACGCAGAGGAGACGCAGGUUGAGGAUGGUCAAUUAACUGGGGGCGAGCGCGAUAGAUCCCAGGCCCUACAGGGACGUCUAGGACAAUGGGCCGCUCUGUUGUCACCCUGGACACUUGAGAUCACCAAGUGUGUCAAAGGUGAGGAUGAGAUCUUAGGAGCACUGGCGGCCAGUAUUACCCCUAGAUCAGAAGUGGAUAAAGCGUUGAUCUCCAUUGCUCCCAAGAAGGAGCCAAGACGGAAGAUCCAAGCUCCGAUCCCCACUACCAGACGAGAGGAGGAACUAUAUGUCGUUAGUUUCGAUGGAUCGGUCCGUGUCAAGAGAGGAGGGGGCGCCUACAGCGCGAUCUUGUGGAGGCUGCCCGAAUGGAGAGUGUUGAAAGCUAGAUCAGGGUAUGCCGAAGGUUUGACGGAUCUGUUGGAGGAUCUGGAUCCACAGCGUCUGGUGAUCUGCGGAGACUCAGACCUGGUGAUCCGACAAGUGCGAGGAAAGAUUGAUUGUAAGGCGCCAGGUCUGACACUGUUACGUCCCGAGCCUUGGAUCGACUACGUACGUGGCCAGAUCACGAGCUGUUGCAUCCUAGCAAGUGCUGCUCUGCAACGGCAAUGUGGGAUCGAGAUAGAGUCCGACGCGGAGACCCAAGAUCUCAUAACGUUAAAUCGGUUGGAUGAGAUCCUGAUAGUGAAGGUCGAAGAAGAGACCGCACAGGUAUCAGCUGUGACGACCCGAUCUAAGACUAGAUCGGGGGUGCGUGUGGCAUCUGAUCCAAACUCCCUACGAGAAGAAGUCGUGAGAGAGUUACGAAUGGAGCGGAUCCGUCAAGCGCAGGACGAGGAGUCGUGGAUCAUAGGCUUGAAGAAGUAUUUGAUCGGGGAGAUCCGGGAUUUGACACAAGAAGAAGCUAAGAUGUUCGGAUCUAUUGCCAUGAAUUACGCUGAACUCUUCUAUUGCCCGACGACUAAGGAAACUGCUGCAAAUCGAGAUAAGCUGAUGCGACUAGUGAUACCUGAGACUCUUCAACAGGACGUUUUGCACCACUAUCAUACGAGUCUACAGGGUGGUCACCAAUGGGUUGGUCGCACCUAUGAUCGGAUCCGUGAUCACUUCCACUGGAGAGGUCUGUAUAAGAGUGUACAGCGAUACGUGGGGGAAUGUGUCGAUUGUGAGACAGGCAAGGGAGGACCUCAGAUCAAGGGCGAAUCGCCUGGUAACCUUCAGGCAACGUACCCAUUUCAGAUCAUUGCCAUGGAUCACAUACCUUCACUGCCUAGGUCUUUCAAUGGCAACACUGAAUUGCUGAUCUUCGUGGACCUGUUCUCAGGAUAUGUGAUCGCCACAGCCAGCGCCUCUAGAUCCACUCAAACCAUCGCCGAGACCUACGAAGAAUGUGUCUUUCGUCGAUUUGGCGCGAGCGAGGUGAUCUCGGGAGCCAGGCUUUAUUCGUUCAACAAGAUCCUGGGACAACGUCAACGGGCUACUAUGGCAUAUAGACCCCAAGCCAAUAGAUCUACGGAACGUAUGGUCCAGACAACUACCAGGGCUCUUAAGAUGUACGUGGAAGAUCUGGAUCAACGAGAUUGGGAUGAGUAUGCUGAACGACUCACCUUCGCGAUCAAUACCGCAAGGGAUCGGAUCCGAGGCGAAACAUCUUUCUAUAUGAUACAUGGCUGGGAUCCUAGAUCCACUCUGGAAGCUGUGAUCCCGGUGGGAAGCACUCGCAAGCACGAUCGAGUUCCAAGAAGGUGGCGUUAA